AUGCGACCUACCGGGAGCGAACGGAGAGAGCCGCUGGGAAUCACUUUUGACGUGGCACCAAUGGCGGGGGAAAAUCUGGCAGAAACGACGCUCGAUUUCCUGGUGACAUUUGGUGCGGCGGCGGGAGGUUUUCUCGGAGCUUCAGAGCUCGAAACGGUGUUUACGGGGACGAUGGUAUGUGCGGAAUCAAGCAAACCGCCUGAGGUUUUGGUUACCGGAAGAGAGGCUGCUGACCGGUGGAAAAUUGGGUCGUCGGUAGACUGGAGAGGCACUCCAAGUCGCCGGAAGGCCAUUCACAGAUCAUUGCUUGGGUUUGGGGGACUGCCGCUAGCCGGCGGCGGCCGACUGUUUGUUCGGGAAUCUCCAGAAGCUCCUGUUGGGGGAAGGUCGCCAGUAAUAAACGGUGCAAGUUGUAGCCGACCAAAUGGAGAAGAAGAAGACGUGGGUGUAGAGAGAGAAGUUAGAGAGAAGAAGGAGAAAAAGAAAAAAAAAUGGUUAGGCGGCCCAAUUUUAUUUAUUUAG